AUGUCUCCUACCAAGGUCUACGUUUGCCCUCAGACAAAGUGCGGCGAAACUUUUACGAAGUUUAAAGAAUUCAAGAGGCAUGAGGCUGGGCAUGCAGACAACACGCGCACUUGCACCUUUCCCGGAUGUCACUUUGCGACGAUAAUAAAAAGAAGCUUCGAUAUCCACUCUGCCAGACAUACUGGCGAGCAACGGUAUGGCUGUCCUCAUGAUUGCACCUUCAGGACACACGACCCUUCCGCCCUGACGCGCCAUCGCAAAACAAAACAUGGACAUGUUCCUUCUUCGCGCAGCGGACGCGAAAGCGAUCGUGGUUCUAUCCCUUCCGUAUCAGACAGGACCACAUCGUCUCAGUCCUCUGCUUCGCCCCACCAAUCACACCCUCACAACCAAGACCCAUCGUUGGUCUUCUAUGACCUAGUGGAUACUGAGGACGAUUUUACCAUGUUUAGCGAACCCACGAAGACAGCCAAUGGGUGGACUGAGGGUUGCAUGUGUCCCGAAUUGAUGCAAAGACGCCUUUCGGAGAUACUGGGUUAUGCAUUUAGGCAAUAUUAG